UAAGUAGCGGGAACUUCACAUAGUGUCAUGUCAUCAAAGAUUCUGUCACUCGAAAACACUGCAUCUCUACACCAGUACUGUUAUGGACUACUUUCAAGCUCAUAGCUAGCCACGACACAACCGUGACACGUGUCCUGACGUUGUCGAGUACCUCGUGGUCGGUCCAACAUCUGACUGUGGUCCGAUCAUACAGCUGACUACUUGCAUUCCACAUGCACCGCUGUCUUUGUCUGAGUGAGAUCCUCGAAGUGAUAUUCCACUCUGUGUUCAAUUCCGUAGAAGCAAAACCUGACCGAUUCAGACUCUGCGGAUUGCCAGGAGUCUUACCGUCACCACCGUACAUUCCAGAUCGACGCUCAGUCCUCCAUCUCGCACUCACCUGCCAUACAUUUCGCGACCCGGCACUGAAUGUCCUUUAUUCUCACUUGACAGAUAAACAUCGUUUUAUCAAGUCCCUGCCUACCGAACUGCUGGAACUGGUUCACUCAAGCAGACCUUCAGUAGCCGAACAAUUCCGCCCAUUUGUCCUCUGCGCUGCACGCGUUCAGAUCCUCGACGAUGAGAUGCAGGUCAUCUUCGAUCCCUGUCACAACGAUACAGCAUAUGCAUUAAUCCUUGCAAGCGCACCCAAAGUCGCCCCGGGCCUGCUCUUUCCCAAGCUGCACUCUCUUACAUGGUACGACGAACGUCUCGCCUCCAUCCCAGCCCUCACCCUCCUCCUACCCACUAUUGAAACCCUCUCUAUCUCCAUCGCUGACACUCAAUUUCGCGAGGCCAUAAUCCCUCGCCUCCAUACCGCCGCGCCGCGCCUCAAAGCUCUUGAGUUGGAGUGCUUCUCUGCGAUUACGGAUUACUACCCCACGGAAAUCGAGUCGCUCCUACUUAGCUACACCGACGGUCUCACAGAGUUUUCGUUCCAAUGCUGCGAAAUCUCAAGCACCCUGCUUCAUAUCAUCGCUCUGUGGCCACGCCUCCGAUGGCUCGGCUUCUCUCUAGGCUCCACAAGCAUCCCCACUGUACCUCUCCAUGUGUCACAGCCCUUUCAGACACUCGUUCACCUGCAUAUAUCAUGCCAGCAUCUGGACCAUUUCAUGUCUUUCCUGCGCGCCCUCCAAAUGCUCAGGAUGGAUUCUGAUGGUUCCAGUAGCUGGUCCGAGCUCCUCAGCGUUCUCGCCCGCAUAAAGCUACAGCACAUCAUUCUCACUGACAAGUGUCAUGAUCUGGGCGAGCAGUCCUGCCCCACAUCCUUUGAAUUUCGCCCCCUACUCGCGCACCCCACUGCCUUCGCCGAUCUCAAGACCCUCAUCCUCUUCCCCGACUUUCGCUCUUCGUCCAUCGCACUCACUGACUCCGACAUCCUCACCCUCGCUCGCACAUGCCCAAACCUCAACGUCCUUGAAUUGGGGUUGCGCAACACUCCUGUAUCACUCUAUACCUUAAGCAUCCUCGCGGGGCGCUGUCGUGAGCUGCGCGAGGUCUCGCUCUGCGUGGACGCACGGCUCGAUGCGCUCGGAGCAAUACCUCUGAUCAACGACAAUGACAAACGUGAAGUGGAUCUGCAACCCAACACACACCUAAUUAAACUGGAUAUCGGGGAGUCGCCAAUUGCGUGCGUGGGCCCCUUGCACCCUCCGACGGCGCCAGACCUGAUGAGGUCGAUUCCACGGUUCUUGCACGCGAUGGCGCCACGGGUUGAGCGCAUCUGGUGGACAUUAGGUACGGGCCAGUUCCAAGAGAUGUAUGCGAAGAGAUGGGAGAUAGUGUCAGAUGUGACUGAUGUUUCUUUUGGUGGAGAUGUUUUGGAUGUUGUUUAAGCAGCAAGACUGCGUUAGCUCGGGGAUGAGAUGAUUGUCCCGCUCGUUGUGUUUCAGGUUCAAGGACCGGUCUGUAUGUAGUAUUUCCGAAUGUAGCGAAGACACAUUUUUGUAACAGUAGGUUCUUGCUAGUCGGAGUCUGACUCAACUGACCAUAAGUCGAAGGAUAUAUUAGCAGAUCAAUUGUGUCUGCAUUGCUAUCGCACCCUAGAUCCGAUACAAUUUCAAACAACUGCUGUCAUUCGUUCCUG